GAAGAAAGCAUGUCUGCCGCUUCUGGGUCCAGCGAAGCAGACCCCGUAAAAAAGGGGAAAAAACCGCCGUGUUUGAUUGUUCUCGGCAUGGCAGGAUCCGGAAAGACUACAUUUGUACAACGCCUUACUGCAUAUUUAUAUACCAAGAAACGGCCGCCGUAUGUCGUGAAUUUAGACCCUGCCGUUCAUGAUGUGCCAUUUCCUGCAAAUAUAGAUGUGCGCGACACUGUGAAUUACAAAGAAGUGAUGAAGCAGUACGGAUUGGGACCGAAUGGUGGAAUUAUGACAUCGCUAAAUUUAUUCGCUACUAGGUUUGAUCAAGUUAUGAAGUUUAUUGACAAAAGAAGUCAAGAAUACGAAUAUAUAUUAUUUGACACACCAGGACAGAUUGAAGUUUUUACAUGGUCUGCGUCAGGGGCUAUUAUAUCAGAAACACUGGCAUCAGCGUUUCCAACCAUCGUUGUUUAUGUAAUGGACACCCCUAGGUCUGUCAAUCCUGUCACAUUCAUGUCAAAUAUGUUAUAUGCAUGUAGUAUUCUUUACAAAUAUAGACUUCCAUUUGUGAUCGUUUUAAACAAGACAGACAUUGUUGACAGUGAAUUUGCGAUAGAGUGGAUGAGAGACUUUGAAUCAUUUCAAGAAGCAUUGGAGAGUGAAACAUCGUACACAUCAAAUCUGACACGAUCACUAAGUCUAGUCUUAGAUGAAUUCUACCAACAUUUAAAAUGUGUUGGAGUCUCUGCUGUCACAGGAGAUGGCAUCAAAGAAUUUCUUGACAAAAUAGAUGAAGCUGUUGAAGAAUAUGAAACAGAAUACAAACCAGAAUUUGAAAGGCUGAAACGUGAAAAGAUAAAAGCUGAAGAACAGAAACAAAAAGAACAACUAACAAAAUUGAGGAAAGAUAUUGGAAAGGGAAUGGAUGUUAAAAUCCAACAAACUCAUUCACAAGAGCUAUUGACUAAAAUGGCACCGGUGAUAGGUCCUCGGGCAGAUGAUGAUGAUUCUGAUGAAGAGGAGACAGUUACCAUGGAUUCAGAAGAUGAGGAAGAAAGAAAAGAAUAUGAAUCUUUUAAAAGAUUUCUUGCCAAACAAAAAGAUCAGAAACAGACAUCGGAACCAGCCUCAUAGCACUAGAAUGUCAUUGGAUUCACCAUGGUAUCUUUCAGUAUCAUAUGAACCACCCUUGAUCUUUAAAUAUCAUUGGAAUCACCAUAGGGUCUCUGAGUAUCAUUGGAAGGAAUCACCAUGAUGGUAUGUUUCAGUAUUGUCUGGAAACACCAUUGUGUACAACCCAGUAUUUUAACAGAAGUGUACAUAGUGAAUCUUAUAUCAAUAUUAUUAUGUUCUAUAAUGAAAAUGCAGAGUGUUUGGUAAUGUUGGUAUGUUCUUUUGUAAUGGUACAGGAACAAUAUGUACUUUUAUGUGCAGUCUUCAGUAGGAAUCCAUGUGUAACAUAACAGCUAUUACAUGGAUGCCAUACACCCCAAAAUACAUGUUUUCAAAUCAUCUGAUAAUUUGGAUGGUGUUCAGUGAUAAAAAUAUGCAGCAGUAAAUCAAAAAAGGAGUCCUAUUUUGAACACAUAAUGAUGAAUGUGUCCCAUUUUUUUUUUAUUUCAUACUUUAUUGCUCAUUUACCAAUAAUUUUAGAAGACCAUUGAAUAAAUGCCCACUAUUAUUUUUUGUACACCUGUAAAUAAAAUCUUAUACUUAAUAGAUGUA